AUGUCAAAUACAUAUUUACCACGUCACAAUGUCGCUUUUGUGAAACUAGCUCUCCAACACGUCUUCGCUGUCGUUUUAUCUGCUGAUUCUUUCAAAGAACUUGUAAAGAGCAAAAGUCUUGAAGAUUUUGUAACAUGUCAGAAAUUAUCGUACUCACUGCCAAACCCCACGCUUAUAAUCAUAAUCUUCGGAAAACAAUCGCGAAACUUGUUUGAUUUAUCGAUCUCGCUAUUCGACUAUUAUCGAACACAGCUAAAUUAUGUUAAUAACGCAAAGGAAUUUGCCACUUACUUGGCGCAAAUCAGUCGGGCACUAGCGAAAUUAGAGAAACCUUCGGGCAAGCAGGAUCGUUUAAUUGUGGAUGUUGAGAAGGGUGUGAAAGAUGCCGCUCCAGAAGAACUGAUUCGAGAUUGGUGGAACAAGAUGUUGGCCGUGAUUGCUCGAAUGCAUGAUGCGCAUCGCCGUGCAAUCAUAGCAGCAUAUCCUAAUCCGAUAGUAGCUAGUAAACGAUUUGCAGAGAUGGGUUAUGCACGAGCCGUCAAAGAGCUAACGGAACUUCGGUCCGAAUCUGGUCGACGUUUAGGACCUGUAAUGGCGCAUCGACUCUUUAUGAUACUAACUGAUGGUGUGAAAGAUGCCGCUCCAGAAGAAUUGAUUCGAGAUUGGUGGAACAAGAUGUUGGCUGUGAUUGCUCGAAUGCAUGAUGCUCAUCGCCGUGCAAUUAUAGCAGCAUAUCCUAAUCCGAUAGUAGCUAGUAAACGAUUUGCAGAGAUGGGUUACGCGCGAGCCGUCAAAGAGCUAACGGAACUUCGGUCGGAAUCUGGUCGACGUUUAGGACCUGUAAUGGCCCAUCGACUCUUCAUGAUACUAACUGAUGUUACUGGCAGAGAAAUUGUUGCAUAG